AUGCUAGAGAGGCUCAGGGACAGAAAUGGAAAAACUGGAGAAUAUGUCAGGCAUCUAAGGAUAGGCCCGUUCAAGGAUGAAGACAAGUUCAAGCUCGAGAUUUUGCCCUUGCUGGAGACUAUCCUGAGGAGCGUCAGUAACUUGCAAGACCUUACCUGGCGUGUGAACUGCGAACUUCCGCCAGCCCUGCUCAACUUCUUCUCCGAAUUGCAUUCCUCGGCGCAUUUGCAUUGGAUUCUGAAGAAUCGCAGAUUCCAUCCUCUGGAUCAAAGUCUGCUUUCGUCUCCCCAACUUUACACUCUCGAUGCGGAAAUUUACGCGACCGUACCUGAGCAGACCGGACACUCCCUGAGUGAACUUGCAUAUAUCAAAAACACUAUACCAGCCAGUCUCCAAGUUCUGCGUCUCUCUACUAUCGACGUUGAUGGCUCUGUCCGGCGUGCGCAAUUAGGAAAACUUGCAUACGUCGAAUACGGCAUGUUUCAUUUCGACUUCCAGCCCGGCGAUCAGUUUCCUGCCCUCUUGGAGUUGGCCUUGAGGCAGGGCGAUUUUGCGUUGACAGAGCAAAACUGCAACCUGUGGACGCGCACAACGUCCUGGGAACGCCUGGAACGCUUAGAUCUCCCCAACGGCACGUCGCCUCAGUUCAUCGCCUCCCUCACCAACCGCGCCAUCAAUCUCAAAUACCUCAGAUUUCACAUCAGUACGACGAACUUCAUGAUCAGGAGACAAUAUCGCCCAUACAGCGGUGGAAAUUGGCUUAACGCCGGCGUUGACACUAUGUCUAUCAUGACUAGAUUUCUAGCUUCGAUCAAAUCUCUCCAUACCCUUGACUUCGCGUACAAAGAUAACGAGGCCCUAAUAAGAUAUUUACGCGUCAUGUUGCAGAGUCUCCAUGGAAGUUUGAGGAGCUUGACCAUAUCUGACAUGGCUGGUUACGAUUACUUUCCCAUGGACCCCUUACCAUCCGGAAAGCCGUAUUGGGAUCCGGAGCAAUACCAAGAGGUGCUUGAGCUAGUACCCGGCUUGGAGCAUUUUGAUGCGCGGAUUGGUACGAGAGACAGUGUUGUGGGAGAUUGGGAAGGCAAGGAUCGCUAUGCAGAUGUUAAGAAGAAGUGGAGGACCGCGAAAAAGACCAUUACCGCUUCCCCAAGGGUGAAAACACAACGGGCCAAGAGAGCGCAAAGGUUGAUCUUGUAG